AUGGAAGAAGUGUUGUUAGUAAAGAAAUUAGCUGAAGACGCCACUAUUCCAACAAGAGGGUCAAAUUAUGCUGCAGGAAUUGAUUUAUAUUCUAAUACAAAUUUCAUAAUUCAGCCACAUGAUAGAUUUUUAGUUUCAACAGGAAUAGCAGUUCAAAUUCCACACCAAUGUUAUGGAAGAAUAGCACCUCGAUCAUCACUAGCACUCAAAUAUGGAAUUGAUGUUGGUGGUGGUGUUAUUGAUGAAGACUAUAGAGGGGAAAUAAAAGUAAUAUUGUUUAACCAUUCAAAUGAAAUAUUUAAUUGUAGAAAAGGUGAUAGAAUAGCACAACUUAUUAUUGAAAGAAUUUCGUGUUGUAGAAUUUCAGAAGUAAAAGAAUUAAAUGAAACUGAUAGAGGGUCAAAUGGAUUUGGUUCAACAGGUAAAUAA